AACGUUAUCAGUUUGGUUGCAGAAGGCAAGGAGACCUGGAAACUAUUGCUGACUAUGUUGCAGAGCUACGCAAACUAGCUACAAGAUGUAACUUCAAGAAAGACACUCUUGAUGAAACGCUUCGGGACAGAUUUGUUUGUGGACUACGACAGGAGUUCAUAAGAAGCAGACUACUCACAAAGAAGGAUGAUCUAUCGUUUAGUCGUGCUGUGGAACUUGCUACAGGCUUAGAAGGGGCAAAGAAGCAUGCCCACAUGAUGGAAGGUGACCUCGCGAGAACAAAGAAAGAGCAGCAGGAUGGUAUCAACCGCACAGUAGACAAGAGACCUCCUAUGAAGCCAUGUUACAGAUGUGGGAAUGCUCAUUCACCUUCCACCUGUCGCUUCAGUACUGCCAAGUGUCAUAACUGUGGUAAACUUGGUCACAUAGGAAAGGUUUGUAGGAGCAAACCACAGAAGCCAGCUACCUCAAAGCCACCACAGAAAAAAGUUAGGGUUGAUCCUAUUCAGGUUAACGUCACGAUCAAUGGAAAGGAGCUUGUCAUGGAAUUGGACACAGGAGCAUCUGUUUCGAUCAUCAGCGAGAAAACGUUCGAUGACGUUUUACGAGAAACUAUCACACUACAACCUUCAAAGGUUUCUCUCACUUCAUAUUCAGGCCAUGAAUUAAAGGUCAUAGGGCAAGCAGAAGUUAUGAUAACUUAUCAAUCACUAGUUGUUACAGUACCUCUUGUUGUGGUUAGAGGGAAAGGCCCAAGUUUAUUUGGAAGAAACUGGUUACAGAAGAUUAAACUGGACUGGAAGUCAAUCAAGAAUGUUAACCAUAGUACAGCUCUGAAUGAUGUUUUUCAGAAACAUUCAUCAUUAUUUCAAGAGAAACUAGGCAAACUGGAAGGAAUGGAAGCUACUAUCAUUAAGGUAAAAUUAGAGCUGGACCCUUUACAGAAGGAAGGCGUCAUCACCCCCGUACAAUACUCUGAUUGGGCAGCACCGAUUGUCCCUGUACUCAAACCUGAUGGUAGUGUUCGCAUUUGUGGAGACUACAAAGUAACUGUUAAUAGAGUAUCAAAGCUGGACGCUUAUCCUUUACCUAGAGUAGAAGAUCUCUUUACAGCUUUAUCAGGUGGAGAACUCUACAUGAAAUUAGAUUUGUCACAUGCUUAUCAACAGCUAGUCCUAGAUGAGAAAUCAAAGAGAUACACGACGAUAAACACCAUCAAAGGAUUGUUCCAAUACGAAAGAUUACCUUUUGGUAUUUCAUCAGCACCAGCAAUUUUUCAGAGGACAAUGGAGAGUCUCCUCCAAGGUCUUCCAAAAGUAGUCACUUACAUUGAUGACAUUCUUGUUUCUGGAGCAGAUGAGGAAGAACAUAUUAAAAAUCUUGAUAUGGUUUUGGAGCGCCUACAAAAGGCUGGUGUUACACUUAAGAGAUAG